GUAUUGACUUGACUUACAAGUACUUGAAAGACUUAGAUGUACAAAGGCGUGCAGAGCAUCGACUGAAAAAUAUUCGUGACUGAACUAAACAAGUUGGUCUUUCUGGAAAUAGAUAGCAGCACUAUGGCUGAUGCCGAAAAAUUCGAUGGAAUGCUGCUAGGCAUGGCCCAGCAGUGCGAAGGUGGAGUCAAAGAGCUACUUGACUGCCUUUUCAGCUUUUUGUCAAGAAAGACUGAUUUUUAUACUGGUGGAAAGGAAGGUUUAGCCGAAGAGAUUGUUAUGGGUGUAUUCAAGAAAUACCAAAAAGAUGCAGAAGAGGAGAAACGAAAGUUAAGAGAAGAAAGAGAACAAGAAGAAAUGCGUAGAAAAGAACGUCUUGCUAAGAAAAAAGCAGAGGCAGAGCAAAAAGCAAAGGAAAAGGCCUCUAAAGAAGAGGAACCAAAAAUUAAGGAACUCACAGAUGAGGAGGCACAACAACUUCAGAAUGAAUUGGAUAUGGACAAAGCUCCGGAUACAUCAGCACCAACAGAAGAAAAGCCAAAAGAAGAAAAUGGAGAAAAUAAGUCAGAUGAUGAAGAGGAAGAUGAAAAGGACAAAGGGAAGUUAAAACCUAAUGCAGGAAAUGGAGCAGACAUGCCUAACUACAAGUGGACACAGACAUUAGAGGAAAUUGAGCUGAGAGUGCUAUUUGAUGUGUCAUUCCCCCUUAAAGGAAAAGAUAUGGUUGUACAGAUUGACAAACGGCACAUCAAGGUAGGGCUGAAAGGACAUCCUGCCGUGCUGGAGGGCAAUACUUACAACGACAUUAAGGUGGAGGAAUCAACAUGGUGUAUUGAGGAUAAAAAGGAGCUUAUAGUCAACAUAGAAAAAAUAAACAAGAUGGAGUGGUGGAGUAGGAUUGUUAUAACAGAACCUGAGAUCAACACCAAGAAAGUGUCACCGGAGAACUCAAAAUUGUCUGAUCUGGAUGGAGACACACGAUCACUGGUAGAAAAGAUGAUGUAUGACCAGCGACAGAAGGAGAUGGGGCUGCCUACCUCGGAGGAAAAAAAGAAGGAAGACAUCAUGAAAAAGUUUAUGACACAACAUCCAGAAAUGGACUUUUCCAAGUGCAAAUUUAACUGACGGCUACGUUAAAAACAGCAAAUGUGAUGGGAAAGACAAUAUAGAUACAACAUUGACAUCAGUUGUGGAUGUGAACCUUUUACCAUUCCUGCAUGUCAUGGCUGAUGUCUGUUAACUUGGAUCAUUAUUACUGAUUUUAUUGAUCUGCAUUUAAUUAAACAAGCUUAAAACAAAGUGUUAGCAUUACUUGAAGUGCAAUUGAUAGUGAGUAGUAUUUAUGCAAUACUAAAUGGAUAUUACUGAUCUAUCCAUUGAAGAUAAUUCCAAUGAGAACUAUAUCACCGGGAGAACAGCUGUUUAAGGAGCCACUACGAGUGUUUCUUAUCCGUGAUAAUUCACUCUAAAUUCAUUUACAUUUCAUUAAGUGUUCAUGUUUUAAUUGUUUUGUAUUGAAGUCCUGAUUAGAAUUGAUUUAACACGUACAUGUGUUGAUCCUAGAUGGAUGGUAUAUCAUAUCAUACUUACACUUACUGUUUAUUUCUUUGUUUUAUAUUUGAUGGAUAUUUGGAGCUAAAAUUAAUAAAUACACAAUGAACAUACUUUCAUUACAUUGUUGUCAUAUUUCGUGGCUUUGUGUGUUGUAUAUUCCGUCUUUGCGUAUUACAGAGUUAUCUUCUCUUCAGA